AUGUCCGAGAAGCUCAAGGUGCCCGCCGCUGCUCCGCAGUAUGUGGACCUGUCGCGGCUCAGCUUCGCCAUUUGGUGGUCGGUCCUGUUGGCUGUGCACUUGGUGAUCUGCGGAUACAACGCGUCCUUCGCGCUGUUCUAUCGAGAGCUCCAGAAUACCUACCUGUACGCGUGCCUCGACUACUCAGGGAUCGGAAUGCCGGCUGAAGACCACCAAGUCAUUUCCCUCGUGAAUGCCGCGAUGGCCGCGGUGCAUGGCGCCUGUGUCCUGCUGAUGGUUGCUGGGUCGGUCUGGCGUCGAGAGCUAGUCUUCUCACCCUGGAGGAAAGACAAGAAUCGGGCCUACAGAGUCAGCAAACUCGACUCAAGAUCAAACUCCAAUAAGCCGGCGCUGCCAAGGUCCAGAUUGGUGAGACUUUACUCGUAUGUGCUAGGCCAACGGGGUUUGGUCGGCGUAAAUGGAAGCAACUUCCACUCGAUUCUCGUCGCUCGCGAGCUGGUGGAGAUGGCGCUGCAGACUGUUCAAGCCUACCGCAUGAGUUGGCUGCUGCCCCGGAUGCUGCUGAACCGCUUCUAUCUGGCGCUAAUUGUGCUCAACUGCUGGUCUUCCGUGCUGGUCUACACACUGCUGUUCAAGCGGAGCGAGGCCCGCAAGCGCUUUGCCUAUCUCAUGUGUGACUGCACUCUGAACGUUGUUUCGUGCAUUGGGGUGCCGCUGAUUGUGGUGCUCAGCUACAUCGGUGAAUACGACUGGGAACUCACAGGCUUUCCUCUGGUGAAAUGGUAUGACGACGAGUGGUCUGCUCGUGUGCUGAAUGAGUUCCAAAUGGUGCUUGUGGUGUCGUGGAUGGACUUGGCCAGUCGAACGAUUUUCUCGAUCGGCGUAAUUUCUACGACUAACAGUCUGAAAGACCUCUUACGCAAAUCGUCUGGUGCCAGUUUGCGACGAAUUGCGUGUGACGCUGAAGUCGUUAAAACCCCUGACAAGGAAGGGCGUGUUGAUUCGAAAGCACGGUCAGGUACCGGUUCCCGCCUCCAGUCCAUAAAGCCCAAUAACCUGCAAUCGCGGGCAAGGCGCGGUCUAUCGCACUUCGUCUAUGCUGUCUUCGCGUUGUGGGGGUUGGUGAUAAUUGCGCUACACUUGCAAGCUUCCGUCCAACCUGAACAACCACAAUGCGUCUUGCAAGUGCACCCCUGGGCCGUUUCGAAUCCAGCGUGCUACCUGGCCGUUCUAGAUUGCCACCGGCUUGGCAUCUCUGGCAAGAAAGAAGAAGUGGAGGCCAAGUGGAACGAAUUCGACCGAUCCACAGUCGUCACUUUGGUCAUUCGUCACUGCCCAGCGCUAGAAGUUCCCGACUCAAUUGGCGACUUCCACAUCACGACCGGCGUCAAGGUCUACAACUCGACUAUCAACGACUGGGGCGUCUCUGCCGCCCUCACCAACACGAACCACCCGGAGCUGAUUUGGUUUUACUUGGUCCGUGUCAACUUAACCGACGGUAUAUUGCCUGCGGGAGCCUUGUCCACCGACUUUCCGGGCAAAUUGUACGACCUCGAGUUUACCUAUACGAAUAUUCGAGAGCUGCCAGAUGACCUGGACUCGAGUUGGCUGAUUGGAACGACGGUUUACUUUGAGUACAGCGAGCUCACAAGCAUUCCGCCUUCGCUCAUGCGAUUGGAUCCGUACAGCAUCUCGUUUGUCGGUAGUCCUAUUGCUCAACUUCCACCAGAGAUUUUCGAGGUCGCGGAUAUGGUGUACAUGUACAUGGCGGGGAUACCAAUCCAGGAGCUACCUCGCAAUGUGGCGAAUAUCUCGCCACAACUGGGGUAUAUCUACAUGGUAAACACGAACAUCUCUUUCUUUUGGUCAUGGGCUGACCCACUCGUGGAGAGAUUAGCGGAAAUCAUCAUUGCUGGAUCUCCAUACUGCACCGAGCUCGAAAAGAUUAAGAGUGGAGAAGCGUCGGGGUUUAGCUCUCCAUCGUCGCCUGAGUAUUCGAGGAUUUUGAUGGAUCCGUCCGAAGCAAACCUGGAUAUCAUUUCUCAGGUCAUUUUCUGCGAUGAGCAGCCUUUGCUAACCGUCUACCCGAUCGACUUUGAGGAUAGCUAUAUCACGCAGGAACAGUCGGACACGGUGGAAAAGAAGUGGAACACGGACACCAUUGCCAUGUCCAAGGAUCGAGGGGUGACCAGACAAUUGGUGGUGCUCAUGGAGAGUGACGGCCUGUUUGUUCCGGGAUACACUGGCGAGACUGGCGGAGGCUAUUGA